UCAAGAGAUCAAGAGAUGGAAGGGAAAGUCUGCUGACCAAGCAGAGAGCAAAAGCUAAUAAAACGCCGUAGAAACGAUGAUUAAACGUCUACUGGAAACUACAUCUCCACACAGACAGGAUUGGUGGAGGCUCUCUCCUGGCUGGAGAACAGGAUAUCUUUCAUCCUCACCGGAUACAGAUGAGAUCUGGUGUUUCCAGCAAGUGCACUGGACCGGACCAGGAAAGGUCCAUCGACAUCCUGCAGAUCCAUGCUAAGAUGCAGGAUGACAAUGUUAUCAUAGCACAGGGUCUCAGGAGCUGGGAUAAAUGUAGCCUCAGCAACGUCAUAUUCAUCCGAAAAUACGUUCUCCUGUUUGCAAGGCUAAUCAGACCCAUCCUCCUCCUCUUCAGGAAUGAACGUAUUACUUAAAGAUUUUUCCAGCGGGGAAUCCGCAAGAGGAUGAGGAGAGGCCAGGAGACCGUCUGCACUCUGAGGCAAUUCUAGCGCCUGAGUCAUCGAAAUGAAAGCGGGGCCUCCUGGCAUUUUUCCCUCUUUGUGGUCAUUAUGUUACUCAGAUGCCAUUAAAGAAUGAGAAAUCCACAGGACCUGACAAGUCAAGAUUAAACUGUGACACAACAAUGAUGUCGCUGUCUAAGGCUAUGACAUCACAGGAGCAAUGCAGGAAAGUCUGAUACUAACAUCAGCGUCAGACGCAGCAGGGUUAAGACUCACUGAUGAACAUGGCAGAUGUCUGGUUUAUCCUAAAAAAACAAAAGAAAAAACCUGCAUGUGUGAACUAGUCUCAGGUUGUAGACACACCAUUGGAGUACCAGAGUCAACCUCCUUGUUAUUUUUAUUGCUUCUGGUGGAACUUCCUGUCCUGAUGAUGUCCCGUCCAACCCCCGUGAGACCUCACAAAGCCGGUUUGACAAAGCUGUAUAAUCAGAUGCGCUGGCUGACGACUGUGGUGCAUGGGGUUGUGCAUCACCAUCACCAUGACACCAGUUUACCCUUCGAGCACAACCUUACGUCUCUGCCUGCUGUAAACUUCAAGGCCAAAGACCUAAACACAGUGAAGUUAAACAGCACCUUAUCACAGCUCCAUUCAGGCCUCCAGUCUUUCAAGCUGCACGUUGACUGGCUGCUGUUCUGGCAAAACCAGUCAGAUUUGGUGUCAAAUAAAAUGAAGGAAAUUGCCAAUGCACUCCAGAUGAUUAGCAUUCUUACACAAGAUCAGACAGAUUCACCUGCACAAAGCACGGUUCUCUCGCUGCCUCCUCUAACAUCUACCUGGGAUAUAUACAGAACAUCUGAAGUAAUUCGCCACAGACUACUGGUCUUCUGUAACUUUUAUGUCAGAGCUCUACGGGUCCUCAUCUCUCGUGCUAACAAAUGAAAGAAAGAGAGGAUUCUAGCAAGAACAACGUCCCAUCCAGCUCUUCAACACUGACACUGCUGGAUGUGGAAAACAGUGGCCAGUUAUUUCCGCCUUUUCUAAUUUAUCUUGUUUUUCCAGUUAUGGAAGACCAAAGGCUUCUAUUUAUGUUUUUUUUUUUAUUCUUGUAAAACUGUACUUUUAUAUUUAAUAUUUAAGUGUAUUUAUUGAAGAAAGUUGUGUUUACAAAAGAUUUGAUUGUAUAAACUUUUAUGAAGCACUUUAUUUAUUUUGUUUAUGUAAAGUGUACACUUUAUGUACACUUAUGAAUUUUA